AGUUUUGGUUGAAGUCAAAAUAAUUUCUACAUGUAGUUAUUUUUGUCAAGUUUUGCAAUAUUAUUACUUGUAUCAGUCCUGGUGGAUAUUGAUAUAGUGUUUUGAGUGAAAAAUGUGCUCGGACAACCUCACGCAGGAGUCAGCACAUACUCUUCCUCUUCAAACCUUGUGUAGAAGUCAGAGUGAAAUGCAUAGAAACAUUCGUCCUAGUGCUAAGGGCAGUACAUCAGAUUUGGGUUAUGUGUCCAAACAGUAUGAUGGAAAGAUUGCUGGAUUAUAUGACUUGGAAGAAACUCUAGGCCGUGGACAUUUUGCAGUUGUCAAAUUGGCUAGACAUGUAUUCACUGGAGAAAAAGUGGCAGUUAAAGUUAUUGACAAAAAUAAACUGGAUGAGAUAUCAAAGGCACAUCUUUUCCAAGAGGUUAGAUGCAUGAAGCUUGUGCAACACCCAAAUGUUGUUCGCCUCUAUGAUGUCAUUGAUACAGCCACAAAGCUAUACCUCAUCUUGGAACUUGGUGAUGGAGGUGAUCUCUAUGAGUAUAUUAUGCGUCAUGAUACAGGGCUUCCUGAGAACAUUGCCAAAGAGUAUUUCAGCCAAAUUGUGAGAGCAAUCUCAUAUUGCCACCAAUUGCAUGUUGUUCACAGAGAUCUGAAGCCCGAAAAUGUGGUGUUUUUCAAGAAACAAGGGGUGGUGAAGCUGACUGACUUUGGUUUUAGCAAUAAGUUUUAUCCUGGGCAAAAAUUAGAAACUUCGUGUGGUAGUUUAGCAUAUUCUGCCCCAGAAAUACUUCUAGGUGAUUCCUAUGAUGCUCCUGCUGUUGAUGUAUGGUCUUUAGGUGUAAUCCUCUAUAUGUUAGUUUGUGGCCAAGCUCCAUUCCAAGAAGCUAAUGAUUCUGAAACUCUCACUAUGAUAAUGGACUGUAAAUAUGAAAUACCUACGCAUGUAUCUAAAAACUGUCAAAAAUUAAUCUCUAGGAUGUUAUUGAGAAGUCCAGAAAAAAGGGCUACAUUAGCAGAAAUAUCAAACCAUCCUUGGUUGAGCAGCAAUAAACAUAAUAAUGCAGAUGCCAUACCCCUUGUAUCCAAAGAACAACUUUCAGAAGAGGAUCAUAAUUUAAUUAUACAGAAGAUUGCCAAUGGAAAGAUAGCUACAAAGGAGGAAAUCCAAGAGUCCCUGGAAAAGAAUGAGUACAAUCACGUGACCGCGACAUAUUUUCUGCUGGCAGAAAGAAAGUUGCGCACUAAGAGACAGGAACAUGUGGACAAAAAUAAGCGUCCUGAAGAACUGGCAGUACUCCAAAAUGACCAGUCAAAGAAGGAAAACAAUAUCAGCAUUAAACCUAGUCUAUUGAAUGUUCCACGAACGCCUGGUGAUUUACCACAGAGAUCUCGAAAAUGCAGCAUCGUCCAAGAGGACGAAGAAGAAGAAGAGGACAUAUCCUCGUGCUCCGGCCGCGAAGACCUCGGCCCCCCGUUGAAUCGUCGCGGAUCCCGCUCCGAAGGCCGCCUCAAUCUCACCGUGCAAGAACGAAUCGCCGAAUCGGACAAGCGGCGCCCCAUCGAGCGGAAACACGUCUCCAGCGCCAAAAAAUCCAGCCGAAGACACGAUCUGCCGCCGAUACCCAUCAUCACGACCACCGCCGAGGGCAACGUCGAGGCGGGGAAGGCCACCGAAGGGCCGUCAGGCAGGAGCAUCGUGAGCGAGCACCGGAAAGCGCGGUUCCACAAGAGCCGCACGGCCUCUUGCAGUUCUUCGGACGCGAGCGACGAUGACAGCGAGAAACGCAAGAAGAGGGCGCAGAAACUGUCGACGCCCUCCAAGUCCUUCGAGGUGAGAAGAGACAGCCACGACGACAGCAGCGAUUCGCAGGAGACCGGCGCCGGCGUCGGUGGUAGCGGGUUCGCCGCCGGCCGGACCGGCGCUGACGUCACUCUGACCGCCAACAGCGCGAGUGACAAUCAAAAGGGCCAGGAGAAGAACGGGACGUACAAGGAGAGGAGCCACAAGAUGGGCGGGAAGAAGCUGGGGACAGCCCGGUUGAGGGAGAGCCAGUCGCUGAACAGGAUCACCGAGGUGCAAGAGGACGCGCAGGGCGUGGUCGUGUCGGCCACCAUGUUGAGCAUUCCGGCGUCCUUGGCGCCGAAAGUGAAGAGCGUGGGCGCCAAGAUCCUCCACGGCCUCAACAAGUCCAUGAGGAGGUCCGACGACAAAGAAGAGGGAGAGGACAAGUGUAGGGCGUCCAGAAGGGAUUCUCUGCACGGGGACAAGGUGGAGAGCUGCAUCAAGGUGGAGAAAUGCGGGGUGAGGAAGAUCAGGAUGUUCGGGAAGUACUUCCACGUGCACAAGAAGCUUUGCGUGCCAUUGGCGGGGUUUUUCCGCAAGAACGGUUUGUACAAAGCUCAGUCGUGUAGCUCUUUGACAAAGGACCGGGUUUUCCUGAAUUCGAACAGGAGUAGAGCGGUGAGUGUGGUGCAGAAUCGAGGAGACAUUAAUCAAAAUAAGGAAUCUUCCAAAACUGUCUUAGAUGUAAAUGCGGUUUGCGGCGAAUUGACGGAGCUGUGUGCCGUACACGUACAAAUCGGGCAUGCAUGCAAAUGUAGUUUUUGUUGAAAACACUUUUCUCUCACGUUACCAAAGCGAAGUAGUACUAUUGUUUAUUGUUGACAUUUUUCAGAUUUUCUUUUAUGUCUCUACACUGUCUCUAUUUUUUAUGUUUACCAAGGUGUUCAAAUACAUAUAUUUUUAACUGAUUAUUAUAGAAAACUUAUGUUUUAAAAAAAUGUAUAUGAAGUUGAUGUGAAUGUUGUUGUUAACCCAAAAGACAUGAAACUAACUUAUUAUAUAGACCAUAGCGUAUUUAUAAAUAAAUUAUUACAAAUC